AUGACGUCUCAAGAUACCCCCCUCUACGACUGCCUUAUCAUCGGCGGAGGCAUGGCAGGCCUCUCUGCAGCCCUCAGUCUUGUCCGUACGCUACACACAGCGGUUGUAUUUGACCAGGGCAGCCACCGAAAUGACAAGGCCCCCCAUCUGGCUACGAUCCCAACCUGGGACAGCCAGGAUCCCAGGCGCUUCCGUGAAGAGACCAAGCUCAACAUCCAGUCCAAAUACAAUACCGUCGAGUUUGCGGAUGUCAAACUUGAGAAGGUGGCUAAGCUCACAGAAGGACCAAAUGAGGGUAGAUUCUGUGUCUGGGAUGACAAGCAGCGAGCCUGGUUAGGGAAGAAGGUGAUUCUCGCCAUGGGAGUUGAAGAUCUGCUUCCCGAGAUCCCUGGGUUUGACGAAUGCUGGACCAAGGGAGUUGUCCAUUGCCUGGUUCACCGUGGCUACGAGGAGAGAGGAUGUGCAAAAGCUGGCGUCUUUGCUAUCGACGGAGACGCCAAUCUACAUGCUGCCAGGCAUCUUGCUUUCCAAGCCCGAAACUUAUCUACCAACGUCACCAUCUACACAAACGGGAACACUCAGCUCGCCGAUGAGAUCCAGUCUGCCCUAGGGCCUUGCGGUUUCCAAGCUGAAGCCCGAAGUUUCUCCAAGCUGGUCCAGCAUCAGCAGAAGAGAUCUCUAGACAUUCACUUCACAGACGGCACCUCGGAGAUGGUUGGCGUGGUCGUUCACCGACCGCUGACCAAAGUCCGUGGACCCUUCGCAGAGCAGUUGGGAGUCGAGAUGACCCCUGAAGGCCACAUUAAGACGAACUUCCCGUUCAACGAGACGACGGUGUCAGGGGUAUUUGUCGCCGGCGAUGCAGGCUCGCAGUUCAAAAUCGGCACUCAGGCCGUUGUAAUGGGUGCCUUUGCGGCUGGCGGCGUCCAGAUGCAGGUGAAUGCUGAUAAUUGGUCGCGACCUGUAAAUCCUACGGCUUAA